GGGUAGAGCACAUUGCCCGUAUGAAGGUGGAUCAUAGUUUAAUAUGCGCUUUGGUGGAGAGAUGGAGGCCGGAGACACAUACUUUCCAUCUUCCAUUCGGUGAGGUCGGCAUUAGUCUACAAGAUGUGGCGAUGAUCCUUGGUUUGCCCAUUCGGGGUAUGCCCCUCAGUGGUCCAACCGUUAAGGGUAAGGCUCAGUGGAUCGACCUGUGCACGCAGUCGUGUGGUUUCACUCCUCUAGAGACUGAUAUGCGCACGAGUGAUAUCACCAUGAGUGCUCUUACCCGUCACCAGAUCCUACCUGACAGUACAGACGAAGAGGUCACCGAACACACCAGAACCCUAAUAUGGCAAUUGCUUGGAGGCCUUUUGUUCCCUGACACGAGUGGGACAAGAAUACGAUUAUACUUUUUGGAGGUCUUGCAGGGUGACUUGGCUUUAGCCCGUCGAUGGAGUUGGGGAUCAGCGGUUCUCGGGUACCUCUACCAUAACUUGUGCAACGGUGCCAAGUGGGAAACCAAACAAGUUGGCGGUUGUAUGCACUUGUUACAGAUUUGGGCUUGGUCGAGGAUUUCGAUGGUCCGUCCCUCAGUAGUUCAGGUCAUUCAACAUGACCAUCUUCCAUAUGGGUGCAGGUGGAUCGUCCCCAAGUCAUAUAAGGGAUCCCCAAGACACUGCAUAUGCCUGUACCGGGAUGACCUAGACCGAAUGAGUGAGAGUCAGUUUGAUUUCACUCCCUACGCGUCCGAGGAACUCCCACCUAUCAUCCUUAAUGACGCUCCGCUUUGGUCGGCUAGGGUCAUGCUCAUAUUUUGCAAUAUGGCCGAAAUGCAUUACCCCGAUCGAUUUCUUCGGCAGUUCCAUAUAAGGCAAGAUACUCCGGAUGCUCCUUUGGCGGGUACUGAUCAUCACGGCAAUCGUUCCAACAUAGUAACCGGUGCCUUGGCGUUGUGGGCGGACAUACAACAUAAUAUAUACUUUCUUGAUUAUGAUCGACAUAUGUCCGUCGAAGCAACUAAGAGGUACCGAAAAUGGUACCAGAAGCAUGGUAUGACACGUGUCCAGAACCCUUCUCACAAUGUGCCCACGACAGGCUACAUCCCGACAUCACACGAUUGGGGUAUUGUGAGGCAGAGCUUUUACGAGCUGAAUCAGCUCUUAGCCGACCGCGCAAGUCAUGAGGACUGUCAAAAACGACUACAGCGGAUGGCCCUGGACGUAGGUGAUGAAGAGAUGCUCCGCCGGGGCAUAUUCCAUUAUGAAGAUGAAGAUGAAGAUGAAAGUGGAAGUGACGAAGAGGAUGAUGCAGAUGAACAUGAAGGUGGGGGUGAGCACUCACAAUCGCCCCCUCAAUUUUCAACACGUGAGGGUGUCUCAUUUGAUCAACCACACCCUCAAUUCUCAACGCAUCAAGGUGUCUCAUUUGAUCAACCACCGCCGUAUUAUGAUUCUUAUCAGUACUCCACACAAGCGGUUGAUUAUGUUGAUUCAUUUCUGGAUUCGUCGUCGUUUUACUAUGGAGACACAAUGGGGCCUUGGAACACUAGCGGUGGGGACGGAGCAGGGCCGAGCACGCAACGUUAGAUGUAGUAUC